AUGGAGAGUAACAGAUGCGGUCUUGUGCUAAUGAAGACAUCCAUUUCUGAUCACAUAAAAGAUGCAAUCAUGGAUAAUGGCUGUGCAAACGAUUACUUGACUGCCAUUGGACAGAAACUUAUAGAAUUUGAUAACGGUGGGAAAGAUUCAAAUGCAAAAGCUUUUCCUGCACAGCUCAAUGAAUUAAAAUUGGUCCGAACUGGUCAGACAUGGGACUACUUGAACACCUUGAGCGAAUUGCCUAACCUUCAACAGCUUAAGCUGAAAUCAGAUGCUUCAACAAAUGAUAAUCUCCCUACCCUUGAGCGCCUAGUGAUCAGAGCUUGCUCUAAUUUGGAAGAGAUUCCUAUCGAGUUUGCAGAAAUUGAUUCACUCCAGCUGAUUGAUUUACAGAAUUGUAACCCUCAACUCAUGGCCUCUGCUGUGGAACUCAGGAAGAGCAAGAAAACAUUGGAAAUUAGCCAGUGGAUGUUCUUUCCUACAAUAAUCCAGGUGAAUGCUGAUGAUGACGAUGACGACGACAACGAUGAUGAUGAGGAUGACGAUGAUGACGACGAUUAUGAUGAAGAUGACGGUGAUUAUGAUGACGAUGACGAUGAUGAUGACGACGAUGAUGACAGUGAAGAUGAAUAA